AUGACCAAAGAUCGCCUGAGUGCCCUUAAGGCGGCACAAUCAGAGGAUGAGCAAGAUGACGACAUGCACAUGGACACGGGCAAUGCCCAGUAUAUGGAGGAGUUCUUCGAGCAGGUCGAAGAAAUUCGUGGUAGUGUUGAUUUGAUCGCGAACAAUGUAGAGGAGGUGAAGAAAAAGCAUUCGGCGAUUCUGUCGAAUCCUGUCAAUGAUCCAAAAACGAAAGAGGAACUAGAUGAGCUCAUGGCUAGCAUAAAGAGGACGGCCAAUAAGGUCCGGGGGAAGCUAAAACUUAUCGAGAAUGCAAUCGAACACGACGAACAAUCAUCUGGAGCUGGAAAUGCGGACUUACGUAUACGGAAGACCCAACAUAGUACCUUAUCACGUCGUUUUGUAGAGGUUAUGACCGAUUAUAACAAAACACAAACAGACUAUCGUGAGCGCUGUAAAGGACGUAUUCAACGGCAACUUGACAUUGCCGGAAAGCAAGUUGGUGACGAAGAUCUUGAGGAAAUGAUCGAAAGCGGAAAUCCUGGUGUGUUUACGCAAGGGAUCAUAACUGACACACAACAGGCGAAGCAAACUUUAGCCGAUAUUGAAGCUCGGCAUAACGAUAUCAUGAAACUGGAAACGAGUAUACGUGAACUACACGAUAUGUUCAUGGAUAUGGCAAUGCUUGUCGAGAGUCAGGGCGAAAUGGUGGAUAGAAUCGAAUACAACGUGGAACAUGCGAAGGAAUUUGUGGAUCGUGCAGUGGCGGACACGAAAAAAGCAGUGCAGUAUCAAAGUAAGGCACGACGGGUAAGUAUUAAGAGCUUUUCAAUUCUUCCGUUAUCUCUUGCUGUGUUUAAACUGGUCUGGAUACCACUGGUGUCGUUUGCACGUUCGCACAGCUGUAGUGUAGUUGGGCGCGGGAAAGUUAGCUAG